UCUCGCCCCCCCUUCAGGAGCGGUUGUGCGAUCAGAUCGAUCUAAGAUGGCGACUGUGGAACCGGAAACCACCCCUACCACUAAUCCCCCACCUGCGGAAGAGGAAAAAACAGAGUCUAAUCAGGAGGUUGCUAACCCAGAGCACUAUAUUAAACACCCUCUACAGAACAGGUGGGCACUCUGGUUUUUUAAAAAUGAUAAAAGCAAAACUUGGCAAGCAAACCUUCGAUUGAUCUCUAAGUUUGAUACUGUUGAAGACUUUUGGGCUCUAUACAACCAUAUCCAGUUGUCUAGUAAUUUAAUGCCUGGCUGUGACUACUCACUUUUUAAGGAUGGUAUUGAGCCUAUGUGGGAAGAUGAGAAAAACAAACGGGGAGGACGAUGGCUAAUUACAUUGAACAAGCAGCAGAGACGAAGUGACCUCGAUCGCUUUUGGCUAGAGACACUGCUGUGCCUUAUUGGAGAAUCUUUUGAUGACUACAGUGAUGACGUGUGUGGAGCUGUUGUCAAUGUUAGAGCUAAAGGUGAUAAGAUAGCAAUAUGGACGACUGAAUGUGAAAACAGAGAUGCAGUCACACACAUAGGGAGGGUAUACAAGGAAAGGUUAGGACUUCCUCCGAAGAUAGUGAUUGGUUAUCAGUCCCACGCAGACACAGCUACAAAGAGCGGCUCCACCACUAAAAAUAGGUUUGUUGUUUAAGAAGACACCUUCUGAGUAUCCUCACAGGAGACUGCGUCACGCAAUCGAGAUUGGGAGCUGAACCAAAGCCUCAUCAAAGCAGAGUGGACUGCACCGAAGCUGAUUCCAUCCAAGUGUUGCUAAGAUAUAAGAGAAGUCUCAUUCGCCUUUGUCUUGUACUUCUGUGUUCAUUCUCCUCCCCACCCCAAUCUUUGCUAGUGUGUCCACUAUCCCAAUCAAAGAAUUACAGUAUACGUCACCCAGAACCCACAGAUGUGUUCCUGGCCCGCUCUGUAACAGCCGGGUAGAAUUACCACGACACACACUUGCCUUUCCACAGUAUUCGAAAAAGACCGUGCAUUUCUGUCACCUUAGCAGGAAAAGAUCUGGUUUUGUUCCACUCCAUGCAGGAGCGGAUUUGCUGGUGUGAGAGUCUGAGUACAGCUUUCUAGCAACCUUCUGUUUCCUGUCACAGCAUUGUCCUUGCUGUCCUCUUGCUGAUGGCUGCUAGAUGUUAAUUUAUUUGCUUCCCUCCUUGAUAACAUUAGUGAUUCUGAUUUCAGUUUUUCAUUUGUUUUGCUUUUGUUUUUUUCCUCAUGUAACAUUGGUGAAGGAUCCAGGAAUAUGACAGAAAGGUGGAAUAAACAUUAAAUUUGUGCAUUCUUUGGUAAUUUUUUUGUUUUUUGUAACUACAAAGCUUUGCUACAAAUUUAUGCAUUCAUUCAAAUCAUGAUCUAUGUUGUGUGAUCCCUAAACAUAAUUGUGGACUAUAAAAUGUAACAAUUAAAUUACAUUCUAACUAGAAUUAGUUGUCUGCUUUUGUAUCUUUAUGCUGUACUUUAACACUUUGUAUUACUUAGGUUAUUUUGCUUUGGUUACAAUGGCUCAAGUAGAAAAGCGGUCCCAUCCAUAUUAAGACAGUGUACAAAACUGUAAAUAAAAUGUGUACAGUGAAUUGUCUUUUAGACAACUAGAUUUGUCCUUUUAUUUCUCCAUCUCUAGAAGGAAUCUGUACUCCAUAUUGCAAGGCAGUCUCUUGUGUCUUCUUAGUGUCUUCCCCAUGCACAGCCUAAGUUUGGAGCACUAGUUUAUUAUUAUGUUUAUUACAAUUUUUAAUAAAUUGAAUAGGUAGUAUCACAUGUAAUUAAACUGAUGUGGCUAUCUUUUUUGAUAAAGUUAAGACACAGUUUUUCAGUCUUAGGUUAAUAAUGUACUUAGAAUAUGUUAAAAUUCAUGAGAAUUGGGAUUUUGGUGUAUCACCAUUUGAUAGGAACAGUGGCUAUAAACUGAGUGUUGAGUUUAAGAUGUUUUUACUUAAUGGCCAGAAAAUUAGAAUAAGGAAGGUUAGGGGAAUGUGCGUUAGGAACAUUAGUGUUACUAUCUGAAUAAAACAUAAUAAACAAGUAUUAAGAACUA